GGGUAAUAUUGCUUGGAUUCUUGAGUCAUCUCAUACUUCACUGACUUCACUAGAGGGCGAUCCCAAUAUUUGUACUACUCUCUGAAUCCCAGGCAAACUAUCUUAGAGACUAUGCAAGGGGUUAGAUCAGUAUUUCAUCAAUCUAGCAAGUUGUUCUGGUCCGUCUAAGAUGGCCGAUGCCUCCAACCGUACCAGUCGGGGUUGCCUAUCCCAACUGCCGGCUGAGCUACUCUAUGAAGUCUUCCAAAGAUGUCCGGACUUUUCUGCUCUCUGGAGUCUACUUAACACAUCAUCGCGGAUACUAGCUGUCUUUAAUACAAGGGCGCCAGAGAUAGUUAAUGCUGUAUUGAACUCGACCGUGCCAGUCCAGACGCGAGUUCAUAUGCGUCAGGUUCUUGCCAUCCGCACCGGCACGUAUUCCUAUUCCAGUUAUGUUCAGGCACGGCGUAGCAGGGUGGAUGCAUCCCAGCUCUGUACAAAGAUUAUUUCAACUCCUGAACAGUUACGGAGCUUUGUGAAACUAGCUCACAAAAUCCAUGUUCUGGCACAUCUCUGUAUUGACAGAUGCCUUCAGCGCUGCCUGGAGAGUCCGCUCGGCCUAAAAGAAUAUCCCAUGGGAUUCAGAUUUCCCACAUGGACAGAAGAGCAACGAACUAUUCUGUCAUUCUGGCGUGUAUUAUUUUUUAAUGCACUCAAAACAGAGGGACACAAGGGAAAUUUAGACUGGUCGCCAAGAGAGCUUAAAAAAUUAAGAAUUCACGGUCCUUACCAGCAAUUUGUACCACUCACUCCAAUUUUUCAGGCUAGAACUGCAUUACGGUAUAUUUACGAGGAAAUAAAUCCAGAAGGCUCCGAGGAUGACUUUUCACGCGAUACUGGACAGUUAUUUCAGCUGCCCAAGCUUCCAGAGGCCAUGGAGUUCGGCUGGACGUGUCAGCCGCCUCCAUCUUUAUGGGCUGUGAAUCAAGGCUGGGAUCCUGCUGACCCACCCACCAAAUGGACGAGGCAAAUUUCAGAGCGGAGAACACCUUGGGAUUAUGAUUCAGACAACGAAGUACGCUAUAGGAAUCGCUCCAGUGAUCAGUCAGAGGGGGAGGAACCCGAGAGUAACGGCCGUGCGAGAAACGAGUCUGAGAGUGACGAAUCGCAGCGCAAUGAGCUUGAGAGUAGUGAAUCGGAGAGUGAUGAGUCGGAGAGCGACGAGACUGACACUGCACGGAGACCUCCAAGUGAUCCAGAUAUCAUACCCGCGAUGCCUCUCCCAAUUCAGUAUCUUGAACUGGUUCCAAAGGGGGAGGAGUGGCGAACACUCCAUGGAGAAACGAUUGGUGUUCAAUUUUGGCGUUAUAUGUCCGGUAAUCCCAAGGCUGGCCCAGGUCAAUAUAUCAGGUCAGGGGCGUAUCUUAAAUAUGGCUUCGCUAUUUGGGAGGAGCAAAGAAUGGUCGAUAUGGGACUGUGGUCAAUCGCUGCUCUUGUCGAUGCGUCUGACUAUCUCCUAAAAUGGUAUAGCUUUUUGAGUGAGGACGAUAUUGAGUGGUAUGACUCUCGACGGCGGUAUCCCACUCUCUACAUUUAAGCAAGAGUUAUAUUAGAUUCUUAAUCAGUACUACGCUAAGCAUGAGUAGUAUCCCUAAUUUACGGGUAAAGUAGCU